AUGUCUUCCCAGAAGGAGCUAGCACAGCGGCUGCUUCAUUCGGCACGACUCAAGCUAGACAAGGAGACUUCCGCUGGGGAGCCGAGACUUUUCAGAGUCCUCGUGUGUGCGAACAUGGCAGACAACGCGUGCCGGUCGGCGAGAGAAGAUGAAACAAGACAAAGAGCGUCUAAGAGGGAAUGCGGACGCCGUAGGCAUAGCAAGUCACCUGGAAACAAGGGCACAGCGGGAGCUUCAUCGCCGGCAGCUUUCAUGAAUCUGGGCGAUAAAUGCACCCGAAGGACUCAGCCUGAACAGACAAAGUCGAUGCAGACUCCCUCGCGCCCUCAGGCUUCACUAUGUGACCGAACGGCCUUCCGAAGAUCCAUUGUCCGCAGCGACGAACGGCUCGAUGACAAUUCGGUAGGCUCCGACUUAGACCCUCACGAGUCGGAUCCGAUAUAUAGCGACGAUGAUGACGGCUACGACUAUCACAAUGAUGAUGACUACAGUGAGGACGAUGGUAGCGACUAUUCGAGUGGGGAUGAGGAUGAUGUUGACCUUCAGGCAAGGCAAGACCACAUUGGACCCGCUCAAAGAUCGAGCAGUACAGGGUUGAGCUACCGUACGGAGGAGAAAUCGCGCCCAUCUCCAAGAUGA